CCCAGUGUGGCAGGAACGUGCACAAUCAGGGUUAACUUAAAUCUGAACUCCAAGCCGCAUGGUUGGAAGGCUUCCCAGCCAACUCACCAAGACAGCGAAGAGUUACGUGAGGCAAAUUGACAAAACAGGAUGGACCUCUUACGGAAAAAAGAAUCUAAGGAGACUCUGUUCACUUCUAUUUCUGCAGAAGGUAAUCCUGCAAAAAGCGUUUGCCCUCCUGUGAAAAAAUCCCCGAAACUAUGUGGUACCAAUUACCCUCUCAGCAUCGCCUUCAUUGUGGUGAAUGAAUUUUGCGAACGCUUCUCCUACUAUGGCAUGAAAGCUGUUCUGACUUUGUACUUUCUGUUCUUCCUGCACUGGGAUGAGGCUACAUCUACGUCUGUGUACCAUGCCUUCUCAAGUUUGUGUUACUUCACACCUGUCAUUGGAGCUUUCAUUGCUGACUCUUGGCUGGGAAAAUAUAAAACAAUCAUUUAUCUCUCCGUUGUUUAUGUUAUUGGCCACGUGAUCAAGUCAGUUGGGGCAAUACCAAGUGUGGGAAACCAGAUUGUUCAUGUGGUUUUGUCAAUGACUGGCCUGUCUCUGAUUGCUCUUGGAACGGGAGGUAUCAAACCCUGUGUGGCAGCCUUUGGUGGAGACCAGUUUGAAGAGGAGCAUGCCCAGGAAAGGAGCAAGUUCUUCUCUGUCUUCUACCUGUCCAUUAAUGCGGGAAGUUUGAUCUCCACUUUCAUUACUCCUGUGCUGAGAGGAGAUGUGAAGUGUUUUGGAGGAGACUGCUAUGCUCUGGCUUUUGGUGUUCCUGCUGCGCUUAUGGUCAUAGCUCUCAUUGUGUUUAUUGCUGGAAAUGGAAUAUACAAAAAGACUCCACUGCAAGGAAAUAUCUUACUUGAAGUUUGCAAAUGCAUUUGGUUUGCUUUUACAAACCGGAUAAAAAAUCGCUCCCGGCAGAUACCUAAAAGGGGGCACUGGCUGGAUUGGGCAUCAGAAAAAUACUCAAACCAACUGAUCGCUGAAGUUAAAAUGGUGACACGAGUCCUGUUCCUCUUUAUCCCACUGCCAAUGUUCUGGGCUCUUUUUGAUCAACAGGGUUCUAGGUGGACGCUUCAAGCUACUAAAAUGAAUGCCGACUUUGGAGGAUUUGUCCUUCAACCUGAUCAAAUGCAGUUCUUAAAUCCUCUCUUGAUCCUUGUCUUCAUCCCAGUUUUUGACUUUGGGCUCUACCCCUUGAUAAACCUGUGCAAAUUUAAUUUCACGCCCAUUAAAAAGAUGGCAACCGGCAUGAUCCUUGCGGGCUUGGCAUUUGCAGUUGCAGCUGUUGUAGAACUCAAGAUAGAGGAAAAUGCGAUGCCAACACUAGUUCCCAGAGAAAGUUACAUUCAGGUUCUGAAUUUGGCAGACAGCAAUAUUGAAGUGGCGAUCCAAGAUUAUGACCUAUUUGGGCAGCCCAUCAAACCUUUUCAGGACCCUGCUGCAUACUCCAAAUUAAUUCUGAAGAGUGACCAACAAAUCCUUCAAUUCAAGAUAGAGUACCGAGGAUCAUCUUCCGCAUUUAAUCAUAUUGUCCAGGAAAAAUCUGUGAACAGCUUAAUGGUCUACAAGGAUGAAAGAAGCCUAGCAAGCCAUUUAAUUAAAGACAAGGAUAAAAAAACGUCAGAAGGAAUGACAGCUGCGAGAUUCAUUAAUACUUUGGACCUGGAUGUCAACAUCACUCUUGUCAAUGAGGAAUUUGUCAGCAUUAACAAAAGUUAUGGUGUUACAAGCUACAAGACCCUGGCAAGGGGAAGAUACAACAACGUGAAAUGCCAAAUGGGGGCAGAGGAAUUCAUCUUGCACCUCGGCCUCCUUGAUUUUGGAGCUUCAUACACAGUGAUUAUAACAAACACUUCUACAAAGAACCUCCAGACGUGGAAGAUGGAAGACAUCCCAGCCAAUAAUGUUCAUAUGUCAUGGCAAAUUCCACAGUACCUGUUAAUAUCAGCUGGAGAAGUGAUGUUCUCUGUUACAGGCCUCGCCUUCUCUUACUCCCAGGCUCCUGCCAGCAUGAAGUCAGUGCUGCAAGCUGGAUGGCUAUUAACUGUGGCCUUUGGAAAUGUGAUCGUGCUCAUUGUUGCCCAGGCUGCACCUAUGGAACAGUGGGUUGAGUUCCUCCUAUUUGCUGCACUCCUCUUUAUCGUGUGUGUUAUUUUCUCCAUCAUGGGAUAUUUCUACACUAGCGUGGACCCAGAAGAACUCUUGGCCAAACAGAACACAGAAGAGACAUCAAGGAGUAACCACAUGAUUGGCCUUAUUACCAAGAAAACAGAGUUUUAAGAUGGCUGUGGACACUGGACCAAGUUUUGUACUUUUUUUUUUUAACAAGAUGGUGAGACCAUGGAUUUGUUCUUCAUGCUGGUAUCUCACAAAAUAUAUUACAUUCAGCAGAAAGGGCAAAAUAUACUCUUUCCCCCCAGAAAGUCAGCUGAAUAAGCAUACAAACUCUGGGGAACUGCAGUAUUAAAAAUAAAUGCAAUAUAGUUUUAAAUUUUCCCAUCAUUUUUGGCACCAUCGAGUAUUUCAAAAUAUUCAUUUAAAAAUGUACAUUCACAGUGCAAUCCUACACAUGUCUACUCAGAGGUAAGCCUUGUUGAAUUCAAUGAGACAUACUUCCAGGUAAAUGUGUAUAAGACUGCAUCCUAAAUCAC